UUUAAAGAAAAAAAAAAGACAAAUUCUAAAAAUCCGGAUUACUACAUUCUCUUUGGAUUCAGAAACUUUAACCCUAGCUCAAAAAACCCAUCUCAACCAAACCAGCUCUGAGGGCUUACAUAAGGUAUACACGUAGUUAAUUGCUACUAAUUAUAGUUGAUCUGAUCGUAUUACACUCUGAAAUAUGAAAGAACAAACGGAUGAUCUGUUGUUGAGUGUUAAGGAGUCUACUGUCACUGUUGAUUCUACUUCAACUGAUGUGAAAAUUGAUGAUACGAUGGUGGAUGUUGUAACUGCUGAUGUGAAAGAGGACUUAGACAGAGAAACAGUGACUCGCGAUCAGGUUAUGGAAGAUGUUGCUGUGGUUAAAGAAGUUAGUGAUGAUCGGGUUGAAAGUAUAGUUGGAAAUUCGGAGAAAGUUGAGGUGGUGGUGAGUGAGGAGAGUGUGGAGGUAGUUAAAGAGGUUAUUGAGUCGGAUUGUGAUGAUAAGAAGUCUGGAAUUGGGUCGGUGGUUGGUGGUUCUAAAACGGUUAUGGAAGUUGUUGCUGUGGUUAAAGAGAAAGUUGAGGUGGUGGUGACUGAGGAGGUGGUUAAUGAGGUUGUUCGAGAGAAUGUGGCGACUGUGAACGGGUCGGAUGGUGAUGAUCAGAAGUCUGGAAACGGGACUGAACGGUUAGGUAGUGAGGUUAUUCAAGAGAAUGUGGAUUGUGAUGAUCAGAAGCCUGGAAACGGGCCUGUGGUAGGGGAUUCGAAAAUGGCUUCUGAACCGUUAAGUAGAGAGCUUGAAGACGUUGAGGUGAGCGAAUCUGUUGUAGUAGUGGCUGAUGGAGAUGAUGUUGAUAAUAAAAAUGGUCUUGCGGUAGUGGUAGAGGAGGGUUUAGUCGGAAAAGAUAAAGCUGAAGAUGAUGUUAAUAAUCAAAGUUCGUUGGCCGAGGUGGUUGAUGGAGGAAUGGAUCAGAAGUCUGGAAACGUGCCUGAGCGGUUAGGUAGUGAGGUUAUUCAAGAGAAUGUGGAUUGUGAUGAUCAGAAGCCUGGAAAUGGGCCUGUGGUAGGGGAUUCGAAAAUGGAUUCUGAACCGUUAAGUAGAGAGCCUGAAGACGUUGAGGUGAGCGAAUCUGUUGUAGUGGCUGUGGCUGAUGGAGAUGAUGUUGAUAAUAAAAAUGGUCUUGUGGUAGUGGUAGAGGAGGGUUUAGUCGGAAAAGAUAAAGCUGAAGAUGAUGUUAAUAAUCAAAGUUCAUUGGCCGAGGUGGUUGAUGGGGGAAUGGGUGAAGAUAAUGUCCAUGUACGCACUACAAACACAGAGAAUGAAGACGGAGUUGAGCAAACAAACAAGGAGAGUUUUCAGUCAACAGUUGAAGCUACAACGGAUGGUGCUCAAAAAUCUGGAAAUGGUGAUUCCAAAUUGGCUAUUGAGACUCACGAUUCCACGAAGGUUCCGGAGUCUGAAGAUUCCAAGAUGGAUGUUGAAAAUGCUGCUGAAGAUUUUGAUAAGAAAGCUGAAGUUGAUCAAAUGAGCAAAGAAGAAAACAUACAAUCAAUAGAAGUUGGAACAGAUAAUGUUUCAAAAUCUAAAGAUUCUAAGAUGGAUGACGAACCUCAAGUUACUGAAGAAGAAAUUGCUGUAAAAGAUAAAACUGAGGAUCUAGAAAAAGGUUCUGUUCAAGAAGUGGCUGACGGAGAUCAUGUGAUGGAUGAAAUGACUGUAAAAGAUGAUGCUUUAAGUUCAUCAAAGAUUUCACAUGCAGUGACUUUGGCUAGUCUCGGAUUGGAGGACGUUGAUGUGGUGGUUGUAGAUGAGGGUUCGGAAGAGAAACAUGAAGCUCAAGAUAGUGUUUCUGUUGAACUUAGUUUGGUUUGUCCUGAUAAUCAAAGUUUAUCGACUGAGGUAGUUAAUGCAGGAACAUGUGAAGUUGACCAGAAAGUUGAAGUUGACUCGACAAGUAAAGACGAUGCAACAAUAGUAAAUGAUGAAGGUGCUGUAUGCAGUAAAGCUGAUGAAGUAACAACUGCUCAUACGGAACUGGAUUCCCAUGUGCAAGUUUCAACUGAUGGUGGGAUUUUGAUCGAAAAUCAGAGCAUGAAAGAAAAUGAUGUAACAGAUAAAAUUCAAGAAAAUCAAGAUUCCACAGUAGGUGUUCCAAGCACCGGUGAGCCCCAAACUUACGGCACACAUGGUGUUUUACCUACAAAUACAGAGUUUUCAUAUGAAGAAGCUCAGAUGGAUAGAGGAGAGGACGCAGGGAUGGACAUAGAUGAAGUACUCGGUUGGAAAGAUGAAUUACCGUCCGUGCAUGAAGGUGAGCAAAGCAUGGACCCCACUAAUAUCCCAAACGUUGAAAAGCAAGAAACAGAGUUAUUUGAGCAUAAUCACGUUUCAUUGAAGCAAUCACAUUAUUUCCAUCCACCUGAACAUGAAGGUGAGUUCUCGGUUUCAGAUCUGGUGUGGGGUAAAGUUAGGAGCCAUCCUUGGUGGCCGGGGCAAAUAUUUGAUCCUUCUGUUGCAUCAGAAGACGCAAUGAAGUAUCACAAAAAAGAUUGUUUUUUGGUAGCUUAUUUUGGAGACCGAACUUUUGGUUGGAACGAUUCAACAGCCUUGAAGCCGUUUCGGGAAUAUUUUUCUCAAAUAGAAAGAGACAUGCAUUCCGAAGAUUUUGAUAAGGCCGUUCAUUGUGCUUUGGUAGAAGUGUCGAGGCGGGUAGAAUUAGGACUCACGUGCUCCUGCAUUCCUCCUGACAUCUAUGAAAAUAUUAAAUGUCAGAUUGUAGAAAAUUCAGGAAUCAAGCAAGAAUCAAGUAGAAUACAAAGUUUGGACAAAUCUGCAAGUGUAAACUCGUUUGAGCCUGAUAAACUUGUGGAUUAUGUGAGACUACUUGCAACGGUUCCACAUGGUGAAAGUGAUAAAAUGGAACUCACAAUGGCUAAGGCUCAGUUAUCAUCGUAUGGUCGGUUUAAAGGGCACCGCCAGCUUGCCGAGUUUCAGUUAUGUGGAGAUUUGUUGGAAGCUGAACAAAUUAUAAAUGAAACAUAUUCUGAAGAUGGUUCGAAAAAACGAAAGGCUGUUGAUUCCAUUUCUGACGGUUUAGAGAAACGACCAACUCUGCAUGCAGAAACAGUAGCGGCACAGGAUCCAAUGAAAGCACACAGUUUUGUGAAUCCCAAUAUAGGUGGACAUCAUGUUGUUGUUUAUGAACAUGAAAAACCACCUGUGAAACCGGCGCGCAGAUCAAACAAAAAGCGGUUUUUUAGUAGUAAUCAUGAAAUAGAGGCGAACGAACAAUCAGAGCUUAUAAAGAGGAGGCAGCACAAUUUGGCGACAGAAGUUUUGAUGAAGUUUGCUGAAGGAAGUUACUUUCCUUCAGAAAUACAAUUAAAUAAAAUGUUUAGACGGUUCGGGCCGUUAAUGGAGUCAGAAACUGAAGUCGAUAGGCAGAGUGGUUGGGCUCGAGUGGUGUUUAAAAAGUGUUCUGAUGCGGAAAUUGCCCAUAGUAGUGCUGGAACAUUCAACAUCUUUGGUUCCGUCAGUGUACAUUAUGAGCUUAAUUACACACCAUUGAUCUCAUAUAAGCCAUUACCCCUUCCAUUGACAGAAGAUCCACCACAUGCAAGCUGAUGAUAACAAGAUAUACAAUGAGCCACACUCGUGAACAAGGGCUAUGAGUGUACAUUAUGUACUGUUGUAUCCUCUAAAGAUUGAACCCGUGAUGAGAGUCAUCAUGUCUAUGGCGUAUUAUCUUCUUAUGAUGAGUUUGGAUUUAUAAAAAUGCUGCAGGUCAAAAUAGCAUCUUCUGAGCUGCUGCAAUGAAAGGCAUGUAUUUGUGUUUGUAUCAAUAGACCUUAUUUGGUUUAAUAAAUUAGCGAGGCAAAACUAUAUUCUAAUCUAGAUUAGUUUUUAGCUUUCGUUAUCUUUAUAACUAUUUUGAUCACGAGUUUGCUAAAUUGUGUGCUGUGUUCCUUUA